CUUCUUCCCCCUGUAAAGUCCUCGGUCAGUAUGGUGUUGAGCUCCGUAAGGUUUACAGAUGUCCUACGGGACUAUCUCUUGAAGAGGAAUAGAGCGGGUCAAAGUGAUAUUGACGACGACGAGCAGCCUCUCGACCCUUUGAGUCGGACCGCUUCUACUUCAUUGCUGCCGACAAACACGAGUAAUGGGGACGCCAGCAACUCUGGAGACUUCUUUCAAGAUUGGGAUAAGUUGCUAGACGAUAUAAAGAGUACUUUAGCAGAAACUGAUAAGUCUACUUUACUAGACGAUCGCAUACGGCGUAGAGAGCCGUUUGGCGUAAAUGUUCCGUUCGUCACCCCUUUCGGGAGGCAAGCGGCAGACGUGAUAUUGCAUCGUGACAGUGACGGUGAAACUGUGAUUCCGGAGGAAGAGACGCAGCUGCAGCAACCGACAAAGGACCGCGACUCUCUAGUCACUAAAUGCCGCGGCCCCACUCCUGCGCUGCCAGAGGAGGCUCCACAAUAUGAUAGACACUGGCUGCUGAGUCAAUGUGAACUCCAUAUUGCGAAUGACCCAGACUACGCAGCAUUAACACCUGUGCAGCUGUGCACAGAUGUUUUCGACAUUCUGCGAUCUGAUAAAGGCGAUGACGACAUACAGAGCGCUUUGGUGGAUUUGAUGGGGUAUUCCAACUUUGCUUUGAUAUUGACGCUCCUCUCCCAUCGUCGAGAUAUCGUGCAAACCAUCACAGAGCAGGCUGUUGAGGUAGAGCCGGAACAGAUACCUCUCGACGCGGCCACACAGCCACCUCCAUAUCCGUCCAGGGCCCCUGCAUAUGGUGCCCAGGUAACCGUUAUGUCAGAAGCUGAAAAGCUGCAAUUGAAGCAGCAACGUAAGGAAUGGAAGAAGCGGAGCAAAGUAUCACAGGAGGAGAGUCAAAUGAUGACCAGCGCCACUAUGCUUGGUCUGGAUGGUGAUCAUUUGCGCCGAGUGCGAGAGGAGCAAUUACGGUCUGCGGCAAAUGCACCCAUGGUUGCCGAUGCGUCUUUUGGCUCUGCACAGCAAGAAGUACUGCCGAACGUUUAUCAAUCUGGCUCUGGUGGCUCAGUUCUAUCAACUUUCGGAUCACGAUUCACAUUACCAGCCGGAACUGAAAGGGAGGAUUACAAGGACUAUGAGGAGAUAUCAAUUCCAAUCUCGAAGCCAGCCGCUGUUCGUUCACAUGAAAGACGGGUUCCUAUUGCAGAAUUGGAUGAGUUUGCCCAGCAAGGUUUCAAAGGCUACACGUCGCUAAACCGAGUACAGUCCAUUGUAUUCCCUAUUGCUUAUGGGACGAAUGAGAAUAUGCUGGUGUGCGCGCCAACCGGAGCGGGGAAGACGGAUAUCGCGAUGCUUACAGUCAUGCGGACCUUGUCGCAACAUCGCCAUGACGGGCGGUUGGCAAAGAAUGAUUUCAAAAUCGUAUAUGUGGCACCAAUGAAAGCUCUCGCUGCAGAGGUUGUACGAAAGUUUUCAGCUAGAUUGGGCGGGCGUGAACAGGAUGGGGGAUUGGGUAUUUCUGUUAGAGAGCUUACUGGCGAUAUGCAGUUGACGAAAGCGGAGAUUGCAGCUACCCAAAUGAUUGUGACUACUCCUGAAAAGUGGGAUGUCGUGACACGAAAAAGUGUUGGGGAUACUGAAUUGGCGCAGAAGGUUCGCCUGUUAAUCAUAGAUGAAGUCCAUCUUCUCCAUGAAGACCGAGGCGCUGUUAUUGAAAGUAUUGUGGCGAGGACGUUACGACAGGUGGAGUCAAGCCAGUCGAUGAUCCGCAUUAUCGGACUGUCAGCCACAUUACCAAACUACCUCGAUGUGGCCGCCUUCCUUGGCGUAAACAAAUAUCAAGGCCUAUUCUUCUUCGACUCCUCUUUCCGCCCUGUCCCAUUGGAACAACACUUCAUCGGCAUCAAGGCGAAAGCCGGAUCAACUAUCAUGCAGAAGAAGAUGAAUGAUGUUUGCUAUGAUAAAGUAUCCGAACUCGUCCGUGAUGGGGCACAAGUGAUGGUUUUUGUUCAUUCGAGAAAAGACACUGUUCGGACGGCGCAAAUGCUUCGAGAUGAGGCGCUUAAUCAUAAUGAGCUUGGGCUGUUUGAUAUGACGCAGGAUCCGCAGUAUGGUCUGGCUGUCAAGGAAGUGCAAAGGUCAAAGAAUAAAGAAUUGAGGGAACUUUUUGCCUCCGGCUUCGGUAUACAUAAUGCCGGGAUGCUGCGGUCCGAUCGGACCUUGACGGAACGUCUAUUUGAGAAGGGUUUACUCAGGGUCUUGUGUUGUACGGCGACGCUUGCGUGGGGUGUCAACCUCCCUGCGUAUGCAGUGGUCAUCAAGGGAACGCAAGUGUACAAUGCACAGAAAGGUGGCUUUAUGGACCUUUCCAUUUUGGAUGUGCUCCAGAUUUUCGGUCGUGCUGGACGACCCCAGUACGAAGAUCGUGGUGUCGGUUACAUUCUGACAUCACAUGAUAAGCUGAGCCAUUACGUCUCCGCAAUGACGCAGCAGCAUCCCAUCGAGUCUCGAUUUGCAGAGCACCUCACGGAUAAUCUGAACGCCGAAAUUUCUCUUGGAACAGUAACAUCUCUCGACGAAGGAGUCAGGUGGUUAUCCUACACAUACCUGUACGCGCGAAUGAAGAAGAACCCCUUCCAGUAUGGAUUAAACUGGAACGAUAUUCAAGAUGACCCAACCUUGGCCAAACGUCGACGGGAAUUGAUUAUCGCAGCAGCAAAGACUUUGGCCAAAGCCCAAAUGAUCACCUUUGACGCAGAAAGGGGUUACCUCAACCCAAAAGAUUUGGGAAGGACCGCAAGUAGCUUUUACAUUCAGACCGCAAGUGUGGAGAUCUUCAACGAGAUGAUGCGGCCAAGGAUGACAGAAGCGGAUGUAUUGAGUAUGCUCAGUAUGAGCACGGAAUUUGAGAAUGUUAAGGUUCGGGAGGAGGAGGUGCAAGAAAUAAAAGAUCUGGAGGAGAAUGAUUGUGUUUGUGCUGUUAAGGGCGGCGUUGACACCAAUUACGGCAAGACCAAUAUUCUUCUGCAAAGCUACAUUUCUCGCGCUCAUAUCGAGGAUUUUGCUCUGGUCUCUGACACGGCCUAUGUGGCACAAAACGCCGCCCGUAUCUUGAGAGCAUUGUUCCAGAUUGCUUUGAAUCGAAACUGGGGCCCAGCUUCCUCAGUUAUACUAUCACUCUGCAAGGCGGUGGAUAAACGCAUGUGGUCAUUCGAGCAUCCUUUGGGACAAUUUGAUCUCGCACCAGAGAUUGUACAGAAAUUGGAGAGAGCUCCAAGACAGUUGACCAUUGAGGAUGUGCGGCAUAUGGAUGUGAGAGAAGUAGGGCAGCUGAUUCGACAUCAAAAGAUGGCCUAUACGGUCAUUAGGUGUGCCCAACAAUUUCCGUCCUUGAUUCUGGAUGCAACGAUCGCGCCGAUUACUCGGAAGGUGUUAAGAGUGACUUUAACGAUUACACCGGAUUUUAUCUGGAAUGACCGGGUGCAUGGAUCGGUUGAGCCCUGGUGGAUUUGGGUGGAAGAUUCAGAGAAUACGGAGAUUCUGUAUAGUGAAUACUUUCUGCUGCAUAAACGGGCACAAGACGAGGAGCAGAAACUGGGGUUCACGAUUCCGAUCCCAACAACGUCUUCAACCGUUGACGAGCUCCCACCCCAGAUUUUCAUCCGUGCGGUUUCAGAUAAAUGGAUUGGGUCCGACAUUAUCAUCCCCGUGUCGUUUAAGCAUCUAAUUCUUCCCACCCUGAAUAGAGCACCUCACACGGAUUUGUUAGAUUUGCAGCCACUCCCUGUAUCAGCACUAGACAACCCAAUUCUGGAGGAUAUCUGCAGGCAGAGGUUUGAAUACUUCAAUCCUGUGCAGACCCAGAUCUUCCAUACGUUGUACCGAAGUGAGCAUAACGUUCUCGUGGGCGCACCAACGGGCUCCGGAAAAACUGUUGCGGCCGAAUUGGCGAUGUGGGCGGCCUUCAGGGAUCACCCCAAGUCGAAGGUGGUCUAUAUCGCUCCAUUGAAAGCAUUGGUUCGCGAGCGAGUCCAAGAUUGGCGAUCUCGACUGACAUUCCCUAUGAACCGAGAGCUCGUGGAGUUGACUGGGGACGUAACUCCCGAUCUGCGUACGAUCCAAAAGGCAGAUAUCAUCAUUACAACUCCCGAAAAAUGGGAUGGAAUCAGUCGAAGCUGGCAAACGCGUAAAUAUGUCACAAACGUCUCACUGGUGAUCAUCGACGAGAUUCACCUUCUAGGAGGAGAUCGAGGCCCGAUUUUGGAAGUUAUUGUCUCCAGAAUGAAUUAUAUCUCUGCACAAACAGGAAAAAAGAUUCGGAUUGUAGGACUGAGCACGGCGCUUGCGAACGCAAAUGAUUUAGCGGAUUGGCUUGGAAUUACGCAUGUUGGAUUGUUCAACUUUAGGCAUUCAGUACGGCCCGUCCCUCUGGAGAUUUACAUUGAUGGAUUCGCCGGCAAGCAUUACUGUCCGCGAAUGAUGUCGAUGAACAAACCAACCUAUACGGCCAUACUGACGCAUUCCCCUAGGAAACCGGUAAUAGUUUUCGUAUCUUCGCGGCGACAAACUCGGCUUACUGCCCAAGACUUGAUUGCGCUAUGCGGUUUGGACGAAAACCCCAAACGCUUCCUGCAUAUGCCCGAAGAAGACUUGGAAAUCUUGGUCUCGCAGGUCAAAGACCAGUCCCUCAAGCUUGCCCUUGGAUUUGGGAUCGGUCUGCAUCACGCCGGUUUGAUAGAAAGUGACCGAAAAAUCUCUGAAGAGCUCUUUGUGAAUGGCAAGAUCCAGAUUCUCAUCGCUACAAGUACGCUCGCGUGGGGAGUUAAUUAUCCCGCGCAUCUCGUCGUCAUCAAGGGAACAGAGUUUUACGAUGCCAAGGUGAAGGGAUACGUCGAUUUCCAGAUUACUGAUGUCCUGCAAAUGAUGGGGCGAGCUGGACGUCCCCAGUUUGAUGAUUCUGGUGUUGCACGGAUUUUUGUACAUGACAUCAAGAAAAACUUUUACAAAAAGUUUUUGCACGAACCCUUCCCUGUUGAGAGCAGUUUACAUACAUGUCUACAUGAUCAUAUGUGUGCUGAGAUUGUCGGGGGGACGGUGACAAGCAAACAGGAUGCGAUGGAUUAUUUGACAUGGACGUACCUUUAUCGGAGAUUGCAGAUGAACCCAACGUUCUAUGGAGUCCAAGAAGCUUCUCCAGAGGGUAUCAAUAUUUACAUGUCCACGUUGAUCGAAAAUUCCCUGCAGGCUCUUGUCGACUCGGCGUGUAUCGAGAUUGACGGUGACUUUUAUGUGCACCCUACUGUGUAUGGAAAGAUUGCGUCGUACUAUUAUCUCCACCAUACCACCAUCCGAACACUGACGCAACGCCUUGGACCCCAUUACCGUGCACCGUCCGCCGCUAGAGCCGCUGAGGGAGAUUUUCCGAAGAUGCUGAGGAUCUUGUGUGACGUAGCAGAGUAUGAUGAGCUCCCUGUACGGCACAAUGAGGACAAGAUGAAUCAGGAUCUCGAAAGACUGUUACCUGUUCCGGUCAACUUGAACGAACAAGGCAGUUCCUUUGGUAUUGGACCCUUGAACGAAGGCAAGAUCUACGAUUAUGAUGACCCGCAUGCGAAAGCUUUUUUGCUUCUCCAAGCCCAUCUUACCCGCUUGGGAACAUUGCCGUGCGCUGAUUUCGCUACUGAUACGACGUCGGUAUUGGAUCAAUCAAUCCGUAUCAUGCAGGCCAUGGUGGAUGUCGCUGCCGAGGAUGGGUACCUGUCUACCUGUUUGGGUGUCAUGCACUUGAUGCAGUGUAUCAAGCAGGCAUGGUGGCCCACACGAUCAGAGUUGGUAAUUUUGCCGAGAGUAACGAAUGAAAUGGCAUCAAUGCUCAAAGUGAGGGGGGACGUGGUGACUCAUUUAAAGCACGUUGCACGGUUGAGUGAUCAGGAUAUGGAGGAAGCAUUUGCCGGGGUGGGCCUUGCCCCCGCCCACAUCGGAGAGAUUAAACGCAUCACCCGAAACUUGCCAUUAUUGAGCGUCAAAUCUAGAGUGGAAAAUGCGGUUGAGAAGUUGCCGGGAUUAUGGGGUGUGCAACGUGGACAACAAUAUGAACUUCGAGUCGAACUGACACGAUCACGGCCGUCUCGCGGAAUGAACAACCAACACCGAGUAUAUGCUCCAAAGUUUCCCAAACCACAAUAUGAAGGCUGGUGGGUGGUUCUUGGCGAUGCUGUUGAAGACGAAGUAGUUGCCAUUAAACGUGUUGCUGCGACGGGCGAUCGAUCGGAUAAGAUGUCUACUGGACUGAGAUUUAUCACACCUGAUGAACCUGGGGAGGUCGAAUUGACCUUGCUUAUUGUUAGUGAUGGAUAUGUAGGGAUGGAUGAGACUGCCAAGGUCCGACUUUUGGUACUAUAGAAUGUAUGUGAAGCCGCAUGCUCUUCUGUGCAAUCUAAUGCACAUCUAAUGCACACAUUGCAG